CGUCAGAAGUUUGUUACGCCUUCUACAACGGAUAAUGGAAAAUCUUUUCACUCCGGCGGUUAAAGCAAAACGUGGAAGCUAUCUACCACUUUAUCCAUUUCGCUAUUUUCGCCGUGCUCUAGGUUGGUAUGAAUGAUAUAAAAGGUGCUCACUACCACCUCUUCAUCAUUCCUCAUCCAGCAAUUUAGAAAGAUGAAGUUCUUCACAUACACAUCAGCCUUUCUAGCUUUAUGCUCGCGCCUUGUCGUUCAUGGUGCACAUUCUCAAACCACUUCGGCUUCAGCAGCACAAAUAUCAGCAGGCUAUCAUGUAAUUUAUUCCUAUUCAGGAACCACUCCGCCUGAUCAAUUGACAGAAUUGAUCAAAAAAGGUGCAAUUGGAGGAAUUUUGUUAUUCGGUGAAAAUGUUUCACCUUCAUUACCAAGUCAAGUGACUCAAUGGCAAAGUGUAUAUCGUUCAAGCUCAGCAUAUGCUGGUUCACCGUUGUUAAUCAUGACGGAUCAAGAAGGCGGACAAGUACGUAGAUUACCUGGAGGUCCAUCCCUAAGUGAGAAAGAGAUUGGUGCAUCUGCAAACCCUGUUCAAGCUGCCACAAGUGCAGGUCAACAAGCAGCUUCAGCAUUACGUACAUAUGCAAACAAUGUUAAUUUAGCACCCGUUGGAGGAGUAUAUCGUCAAUCGGGUAACUUCUUAGAUCAAUACGGUAGAAGUUAUAGUAAUCAAUCAUCCAUUACAUCAGAAUGCAUUUCAGCAUUCAUUAAAUCUCAACAGUCAAACGGAGAUGUACUUGCAACUGCAAAACAUUUUCCCGGUUUAGGAUCUGCGAAAGCAGGUCAAGAUACAGAUGCAAAACCGGUAACGAUUAAUACAUCCUUAGAUGAAUUACGAUCCAUUGAUGAAAAACCUUUUCAAUCUGCCAUUCAAGCUGAUGUUGAUCUGAUCAUGCCAAGCUGGGCUUUGUAUCCUGCCUUAGAUGCAAAGUUUCCUUCUGGCCUAAGUCGAAAAUGGGUAACGGAUGAAUUAAGAGACCGAUUAGGUUUUGAAGGAGUCAUCAUUACGGAUGCAAUCGAAGCUGGAGGCUUGAAUGCAUUCGGUGCAAAUGAUAGUCAUCGUUCUAUUUUAGCAAUUCAAGCCGGCCAAGAUUCAAUCUUAGUAGGCGCUCGAAACGUUGAACAAGGCUGGCAAAUCGUUCAAGAUUUAGCCAUUGCAUCUAUUAAUGGCUCUAUCAACGCACAAGAAUGGAGUCAAAGUACUCAACGCAUUUUAUCGUUACGGUCUAAAAUCACUAUAUGAACCCGCUCUGUUGAAAGUUCUAAAUGCAUUUGUUUCUGUAUUGAAUAGAGCAGUAAGAUGUUUUAUACACAAAAAUAAGAAAGAGCAACAAAAUUGCUGUGCUUGAAUUGAUUGU